AUGGUUUUAGAAGGAGCAUCUGCAGUGCUGGGAACGGAUGUGACCAUGAACCCUGGUGCCUCCUUGUCUCCUUUCACGGCAGUGCCCUUUGCUCCACCUGUUCCUGGCCCCCAACACUGGCCACCCCGGGAGCAGCACCCGCCGCCCCCCAUGACCCCAUCUUUCCCUCCUGGCAGCACCCUGCUGCUGCCAGCUUUCCCCACAACACCUUUGCUGGCUCAUGGUGGCCAUGGCCCCAGUGCCCCUGGGGCUUGCAACGUCAUUUUCCAAGUCAGCUCAGAAGGGAGGCCAGUAGAGCCCCCCCAGACUCAGACCUUUGUCCUUACUCAGGCCCCCUUCAACUGGCGCAUCCCAGGGGCCCUCAGUGGGAGUGCUGUUUGUCCUGCAUCCAUAUUCCUAGCAAGUCCUGCAAUGGAGACCAUUGUGACUGCUCCAGAUGUUGGAGUGACUCAGGCUGGCAUGGGAGGCUGGACCCCCAGCUUUCUUCCUCGAGCGCCACCACCAGCUGCCCAGCUGGCGCCCAUCAUCCCCCCAGCGAACUCUGGGCCACGGCCACAUGGCACUUCCAGGGAGGGCAACUUGGCCACCAACCAGUCCAAGGCCGCGCAGGAUGACUCCUGUAACCCCAAGAGUGUGUACGAGAACUUCCGACGUUGGCAGCGCUUCAAGCCCCUGGCCCGGAGGCACCUUCCGCAGAGUCCUGAUGCAGAAGCUCUUUCCUGCUUUCUCAUCCCAGUGCUGCGAUCCCUGGCCCACCUGAAGCCCACCAUGGCACUGGAGGAGAGAGAGCAGCUGGCCGUGCAGGAGUGGCAGCGCACCAGCAACUUUGACCGCAUGAUCUACUACGAGAUGGCGGAAAAGUUCAUGGAAUUUGAGGCAGAGGAGGAGAUGCAGAUUCAGAAGUUGCUACAGGGGGUACAGGGCCUGCCUCCCCCAGCCCCACUGAAGCUGGAUCCUCGGGGGCCCCCAGUCCCGAAAGUGGGCCUUCAGCCAGGCACCCACAUUCCCACUGGCGCCAGCCGUAGGGCCCAGCCUACCCGCCCGAAGCCACACAGAUCCCAGCGGCCCCUGGGGCCCAAGGCACCCAAGGAGAUUCCCCCUGGGGCUGUGAGAGAGUAUGUGGACAUCAUGGAGGUACUGGUGGGGCCUGUCCACUCAGCCACGGGCGAGUCAGAUGCAGAAUGUGGAGAGGACGGAAGUGAGCUGAAGCAGGAGGAGGACGGGACCUACCCGGACCCAGAUCUCCUGAGCUACAUUGACCAGCUGUGUUCCCAGGAAGACUUCAUCACCAAGGUGGAGGUGGUCAUUCACCCUCGAUUCCUGGAGGAAUUGCUUUCCCCAGAAGCACAGCUGGAUCUCUUGGCCCUAGCUGAGGAGCUGGAGCAGGAGGAAGGACUCACCCUUGAAGAGCUGGUGCAGAAACGACUCCUGGCCUUGAAGGAGGACAAGGGUGCGCGAGCACCCCCCAGUCACAGCGCACCCCGAAUGGACUCAAGUCAUUCUGAGUCCCGCGCCGGGCAAGGUGCCCAGAGGCACGACCGAGGCCCCCAGCUCGGGGUCUGCGAUGACGCCUGCCCACCAGAGAUGGAUUUCAAGGCCCUUCAUAGGCUCAGCCAGACAGACACUGGCCUGUCCAGGCCCAAAGGCUUUGUUCCCUCUCCCAGACAUCAGGAGUUGCCUCCAUUCCGGGCUGCACGGCCGUCCCCUCCCCAGGGUCAAAGGCGCCCUGGCCCUCGACUGGGCCCCAGGGAUACCUCCGUUCUCAGAGGAGCCUCUCCUGUUGAGGAGGCCCGAGGGCCCAGGGACGGAUCCAGUGAGGACGAGGGGGACCUCCCCAGCCUGGCCUUCCUCUUGGCCUCUGAGCACAACCUCCUGCCCUUGGGCCUGUGCCUGAGUCCUGCCCCUGCCUCGGGGCUGGUCGGCCCUGGAGGUUGGGGGACCCAGAGAGCUCCCCAGGGCCCCUCCCCUCAGGGAACAGGCCUCAGCCCAGCUCCUCCAGCCGCCGCCAAGUCUAGGAAGCGGGCUCCGUGUGGAGGCCCAGCUGCUGGUGAGAAGCUGCCUGUCCCCGGGGCUGACCUAGGGGUCUCUGGGAGGCCAGCCUUGGCUCUGGGGCUGGAUCGCCCCACACAGCCGAGAAAGAGAAGGUGUGACCCCUUUGCCUCAGGGGGCAGGAGGAAGCGGCACUGCAGCCAGUAG